CUUCAUAAACAUUCUUUAUAAUUUAUUUUCAGCGUCAAAGGCUGAGUUUUGAUUUUAGCCAGUCAAAUUGAAAAAUAUAUAUUCUUUAGCAAAAUAUUUUAUCUUUCUCAAAGAAAGUGUAGUCAUUAAGAUAUUUGCAUCACUAUUCGGGAUUCAUACUUUUUCGACUGUAUAUAUAUAUUUUCUUAUUCAGUCAAGUCCGAGAUUUUAUUUUCAUUUUUACGAUACAAACACAUUUAUGUUACAUUGAAGGUCGAAAAAACAAUGAAGUAGAAGACGUAGAAUAUGGUUGGUUUCAAUUUCUUUAGUACGGUCUACUCUUCUGGAAGCAGACUUAGGGAAAUUUGGAAUGAGACAAAAAUAUGGAGUUAGUGUGUAUGCAAUGUAACAACAUUAUUCUACAACAACUGCAUCUAACAUAAGCUAAGGUCACGUAAUCACACCCAGAAUAAAUAAAUAAACAAAGAAACAUGCUUAGUUGCCGUUUGGCUUGGGUUUCUUAGAAACAUCAAGCUUUGAAAUUUACAUGUUUGAAAGUGAAACACCAAAUGUUAAAGAGUUCCCAAUAUAAUAAUCUACGCGCUACUUUUACUGAUUCAAUCCUUCUUUUCUUCCUUUUACUCUCGACCUGCAUCCCACAUCUUUUCUCAUCCUCCAACAAUGAAACCUAAGCCUUGCUUCGUCUUCGUCGUGUUGCUCAUCUCAACCAAUGUUCCAACCUAUCUUUGUGAGGACGAUGCUCAAUACAGCAACUGUAGUAACGCUUUUACAUGCGGAAAUACGAAUCUGGAUCUCAGGUACCCCUUCUUCGGAGAAAACAGAGAUAGUUAUUGCGGUGAAGAGAGGCUCGCAUGCGAAAGGGGAGUCCCCAAGAUAACCCUCAACGAUGCCAAGUACCGUAUUCUGGAUUGGCAUAAUACAACACAGACAGUAACAAUUGCCAGAGAUGAUUAUUGGGAUGGUAUCUGUGUGAGUGAGUACAAGAACAACACCUUUGAUAACACUCACUUUCGAUAUGAUCAUCAAUAUAAUGAUCUUGCCAACCUCACGCUCUUUUAUUGCCCUUCCAAUUCACCCCCCUCUAUAUCGACGAAUCCACUUGGUCCUCUUAUUUGUGGUGCUGCUGAUAGAUAUGUCUACUACACUUCCCAGUCUGAACUUUCCUACACGGGGAGUUGCACGGUUGUGGUGAUUCCGAUAUUUGAAACCAACGCUUCACUUGUGAUUGACAACAAAAUAAGUGAAGCGUUACAGAAUGGUUUUGAGUUGAAUUGGGUGGGAAAUUACGAUGACUGCAACAAAUGCAGUGAUUCUGGUGGUGAGUGUGGGGUUGAUGGAGAUGGAGGAUUCCAAUGUUUCUGCAAGGAUGGACCCCAUUCUGCUACAUGCACAGGUAUGUCUGUAUUUCCAUUUCUAUGCAGUUCUCCGUUUCAUUGUGCAAAUCUCAAAAACCUGAGUUAUCCUUUCUGGGGAUAUGGUAGACCCCCAUAUUGUGGCCACCCUGCGUUUAACCUUCAAUGUACAGGUGAAGUAGCAACGCUUACCCUGAUGUCGGAGACUUAUAGAGUUCUUGAAGUCAAUGAUUCGGAUCAUAGAUUCAAACUUGUAAGAACUGACUACUGGAAUAACAUCUGUCCAACUAUCCUCAGGAACAUCACUGUAGAUGGCACUUUCCUUAAUUAUGGCUCAGAUUCUCAGAACCUCUAUUUCUACUAUGAUUGUCCUUCAUUUCCUCAAUCAGAUACCGUUUUCCCUUGGUUUAACUGUAGCGUAAAUGGAACUCAAAUGAUUAACUAUUUUGUGACGGAGGGCAUGCUUGAGAAUUCUGAGUCAGGUGAAAUCAUGGCAGCAUGCAAAUCUAGAGUAGUUGUUCCGAUUUUGGAGUCAGAAGCUAAACUUCUAGAAAGAAACUCAACGACGGAAAAUCUUAAGGCUGUUCUUGAUAAUGGUUUUGACGCGGAGUGGGAUGCAAACAAUAGUUUGUGUGAGAAAUGCCAAAACUCUGGUGGGUACUGUGGUUAUAAUCCAAGCUCGGGUGAAUUUUCUUGCUAUUGCAGCAAUGGUUCUUCUCCAUCCACAUGUAAAAAUUCAGGUGAAGUUCAUAGGACUGCCACCACCGACGAACGAUAAACCAUGUUGUCCCUGUCGUCGACCACUACCACCACCACCAUUGUAGUCAUCACCCUCAUCUUCUCUCUCCACCACACGACGUCGUUGCCACCCGAUGCACCACUCUCCACCUGCCAAGUCACCUCCUUCAACUGCGGCACCAUCACCAACCUUUCCUACCCUUUCACCGGCGGUGACCGCCCCUCCUUCUGUGGGCCACCACAGUUCCAUUUGAACUGCCAAGACGGUGUCGUCCCCGAGUUGAACAUCUCAUCAGUCAGCUACCGAGUCAUUAGUAUCAACUCGGUGGCUCAGACCCUCACCUUGGCAAGAUUAGACCUUUGGAACGAGACAUGCACGCAUGUUUACGUGAACUCAACUUUUGAUGACCCCAUCUUCAGCUAUGGUUCCGGGAACCAAAACCUGACCUUGUUUUAUGAGUGCAAACCCACCUCAGCGUUCCCCAAAACACCAGAAAAUCUGUUUCACUGUGAGAGUAAAGGGGUUUUGAAUGAGUCUUAUUCUUUGGUUGGUUCGUUACCUUCGGACCCUAUUGCAGUUCCAAUUGUUGAAUGCGUUCAACAUAUUGCAGUUCCAAUUCUGAAAGAGCAGGCUGAUAGACUGGUGGAAAACCGGUCUUUGCUUGGGGAGAUUCUGAUGAAGGGGUUUAAUGUGAACUAUUGGAAUCCUUUUGAGAGUGUGUGCGUUGAGUGUGUUGGUUCUGGUGGCCACUGUGGCUUUGAUUCUGAUAAGAACCAACCUAUUUGUAUUUGUGGGGAUCAAUUGUGUUCAACUCCAGGUAAACGCAACAAUGUAGGUGUAGCAAUAGGCGCUACUGUAGGAGGAGUUGCAGCCCUUGUUGUCAUUCUUGGAUGUGUGUACUGUAUGGUACAAAGAAGAAGAAAAACUUAUCAAAAAUCAAGAAGUAUGGAGCUCUUCAUAGCUCCAACUUCAAGCGGAGACACUUUUGCAUCCACUACUAUCACCUCUCAAAGUCUAUCUUCUUACCAAUCUUCCAAGACUGAUCCAGUGGCCAGGAGUUACUACUUUGGUGUCCAGGUCUUCACCUAUGAGGAACUGGAGGAAGCUACCAAAAACUUUGAUGCUUCUAGAGAACUUGGUGAGGGAGGUUUUGGCACUGUUUACAAAGGUGAACUCAAAGAUGGACGCACAGUUGCAGUGAAACGCCAUUAUGAAAGCAACUCUAGGCGUAUUAUGCAGUUCAUGAAUGAAGUUCAGAUUCUAGCACGCUUAAGGCACAAGAACCUUGUGACACUCUUUGGAUGCACCUCUAAACAUAGCAGAGAACUUAUCCUUGUCUAUGAAUUCAUACCUAAUGGAACAGUGGCUUAUCAUCUUCAAGGAAGAGGCUCAAAAUCAACUCUACUCCCUUGGCCUGUAAGAUUGAACAUUGCUGUUGAAACAGCUGAGGCUCUAGCCUACCUACAUGCAAAUGAUGUCAUACACCGCGAUGUUAAAACCAACAACAUUCUCUUGGAUGAUCAAUUUUGCGUCAAGGUUGCUGAUUUUGGUCUCUCAAGGGAUUUCCCAAAUGAUGUCACUCAUGUGUCAACAGCUCCACAGGGAACACCUGGUUAUGUUGACCCUGAGUAUUACCAGUGCUACCAACUCACUGAUAAAAGUGAUGUUUACAGCUUUGGAGUGGUUUUGAUUGAGCUCAUAUCAUCACUACAAGCUGUGGACAUCAACAGGAAUCGCAGUGAUGUGAACUUGUCAAACAUGGCUAUCAAAAAAAUUCAAAACCAGGAACUGCAUGAGUUGGUUGAUCCUUAUCUUGGGUUUGAGAAGGAUCAUGGUAUAAGGAGGAUGACAACAGCAGUGGCAGAAUUGGCCUUUAGGUGUUUGCAACAGGAAAGAGAUAUGAGACCAUGCAUGGAUGAAGUGGUAGAGAUCUUAAGAGGAAUCAAAAGUGAUGGGGUUGGUGCACGGGAAGAGACAGAAACAUUGGAUAUUAGGACUGAUGAAGUUAUACUUUUGAAGAAGGCUCAUUCCCCUGUUUCACCAAAUUCAGUUGUUGACAAUUGGAUCAGUGGCUCCUCUGUAUCUAAUUCCUCAUAGUUUCUAAGUUUUCAUUUUUGUCUUGGUGAAGAUCUAGUUUAGAUAGUGAAACUUGUGUACUGUGUCAAAUGUCAGUGAGCUAGUUUAGAAGUCAUAGCCUUCUCAUGUUUUUUUCUCUAAAAGCUUCUGGUUUGAACUUUUAUUUGGGGCUUGUAUGUUAUGAUGAUGAGAAGCUGAAUUCACUGCUGAUUCAAAAAAGGUAAUAUGCAUAGGGGGCAGAGAAAUAACAUAGAUAUAUAUGUUAUUUAUUUGGUGGUGUAAAUAUUCUCGUGUUUUGUAGCUAAGAUGUAUUUUUUGAAAAGAAUUACGUUAUUCGUAGAAGAAUUCAUACAACAUUUUGUACAAUGUUCUGUUCUGUAUCUACCUUUCCUAUGGCAUUAUUUAUUACA